UGAAGUUAUAAGAAUGGGUAUCAGGCCCUGAAGUUCGACAAUUUUUAAGAAACUUUUGAUUUAAAUAUGUUAGAAAUUUAUACCGAAACUAUUCGUUGUAUGUAAACGAGAGAGUCGUGGUAGGGCCCAGUGGGCCCAUUGUAUGACAAAUAGAACCCUGGCUCAAAGAAAAGGUAUCGAAACUUAUCGUUGUAGGAGUUAUAUAAAAGGGCCCAACAGGGCCUGAUUUGCGUGGUGCGAGAAAAUGUUGGGAAACUGAGGGAAGGAGCGCGGAGACAAUCCAAAACAUGAUCGUUCUAGGAAUGUGCGGUAAGCGGGCGGAAAAAAGGACGGCCACGAAUUGGAAAGAGGCACGAAAAAGGGAGACGACAGACGUGCGCGCAGAUGUGCCCCGCGCCCUAAGUCAGAGGACCGAGGGAGAAGGUCGCGAUGCAGAAGACGAGCGCGUCUCUCUCUCGAGGGGGAAUGAAACGGCCACGCGAGUGGGCGGCGCGUACCCUUCUCGUCGUGCUUCUUCCCUUGCUCCUCGCGGGCAAGAGAGGCCGGCAAGGGUGGAGGGGAGAGAUCCUCUCGUCCGUUGUAGCGUUGUCUGCUGGAAAAACGCGGCGAUGUCUUGUCCUGGCCGAUAGUCUUCGUGGAGACGCGGGAACGGGUGUAGUCGGACCGGGGCCUAUCCUCUUAUCUCGGGGUCAGUUACAUCGCGUGGCGUGGACGCGUUCACAAGGCCACCCUGCCUCUUCAUCGUGAUUAAGAUCGCUGCCGCGCGUGCCAGGCUAUCCUGGAAUCUGCCAUAACCGAUAACAGUGGAUUAGGACCUCGGAUCGUUCGUCUUGUAAGUGAGGACUGUGAUACUUGAUCUGGACCAGCGACGCGUUAAUGUGCGAUAGCUCCACAGUGUUUCAUGCAUGCUGAGUGUAGAGUGGAUAGUAUCUCGUUGUCGCAAAGACAUUGACUUCCUCUCGUAGCCGGUUACCGCAAAGUUCUAACGUCUCUGACAAAAUUUUCAGACUUCACUCGUGCAUCAAGAUGCACCUCGAAGACUUCCACGCGGACAGGAACGAGGAAGACGUUCAGCGCGCCGUGUCAAGAAGCAUCAAGCAGGAGGGUUUCAACUCCUUGCACCUAGCUCCGAUCGCAGCUAUGAACAGCAACACUCAGCAAGCCUGUUGGGCGACCUCUCACGCGGACACCGGUGUCUCCUCCCCCAUAAUGCCCAACAACUGCAGCCCACGGGAGUACACGGACUGGGAGCAACUGACAGCCGCGUUCCAGUACCCCUGUCAGCAGUACUCCGCCACGGACAGGUCACCGGGAAGCACGGGCAGCGAGGCGACCACGCCGACCUGGAUCAACAUCGUCCACAGCGACGCCUCCGACUGCUCGAACGGAAGGCUGCCGCCAGUGGGUUCAGCGUUCUCCUUCUCCCGCAGCUUCUGCAACACGGUUUACCCAGAGUACCAAGGCUACCAAGACUACCAGGAGUACCAGGACGACAUGACCGUGUCCUUGCCCCUCAUCUUGCACUCGCAAGCCGAGGUUCAAGGGUUCACCGGGUCCAUGCAAACCGCUACGGACGAGUUUGACCUCAGUUUGAUCAGAGGCGACCCCACGUCGCUGCUGAACAACGUGGACUCGCCCUCCUCGCCUUCGUCGACCUACCUGGAGGAACUCCAGGACCCGUUCUCCAAUCUCAACGGGUCCUGCUACGCGGUGGGACACUUGGUGUCCGGUCAACAGUCGGUCUCAGCGAUGACGUUCAUCAACGACGCUGGUUUAGGCGAUGGUUUUGGGAACCAGGUUGUUCUUCCUAGGAACGAGGGACUGCUGCUGACCGAUCGACGCGUACCUGUGUCGAAGGCUGCGUCCGAGACGGAGAGGCGAAGCAAAUCCUACGACUGUUCGACGGCCGACGACAACCUGACGUCGACGUACCAAUGCCGAUGGAUAGAUUGUGGCUGCGCUUUCGCGGAACAGGAGGGCCUGGUGCGCCACAUCGAAAGAAGGCACGUCGAGUCCUCGUCGUCGAACGCCCACGGGCACGGGAGGCGAGUUCAGAGGGACAGGGACAAGGACAAGGACAAAGAUGGCGAGGGCUUCACUGGCGCCGGAACCGGACAAGACGAGUUCGCUUGCCUCUGGCAGGGAUGUCCGCGAGCACGACCCUUCAACGCCAGAUACAAAUUACUGAUACACAUGAGGGUCCACAGCGGAGAAAAACCCAAUAAAUGUCCGUUCACUGGAUGUAAAAAGGCAUUUUCGCGGCUGGAGAACCUGAAGAUCCAUCAAAGAUCUCACACGGGGGAACGACCGUACGCUUGCCAACAUCGCGGUUGUUCCAAAGCUUUCAGUAACAGCAGCGAUCGUGCAAAACAUCAGAGAACUCACUACGAUACGAAACCGUACGCGUGUCAGGUGGCUGGCUGCGGUAAACGGUACACGGACCCGUCGAGCCUCAGAAAGCACGUGAAAAAUCACUCGGAGCCCGCGACGCCGUUGCCCAGCCUGUCGGAGUCCAAAAAUCCCGCCAACCCGGCGAACGCGCCGCGACGCGAUCUGAUUUCUACGACUUCCAGACAGCAGGCGCAAACGGCGUCCACCUUCGUCGCGGAAUCGAAUUAUCGGUCGUAUAAGUCUUCCGAGUCUUACGCGGACGAGGACGCGGACCUGUUCCAGACGAAUCUGUGUCAAGUCGAUAGGAUUUCCAUGAACCUUGAGAGCAAUCAAGAGUAUGUCCCGAUCGAGUCUGUGAAACGUUUUCUCAUCGACGACGUCAGCUGCUCGCACGUGGACGGCGCAGGAUACUGCGAGGAGGACGUGCCCGACUUCCAGGAGCUCGGCUCGGACAUCGAGCAACAGUUCCUCGAGCUGAGCAGCCUGGACGACGCGGUGUUCAUCGACGGUUAGGCGCACUAUAGCGAAGCAACGAGGACAAGUUGGUUUCGUCUCGUCGUUAUCCUCGUUCCUACGCUGUAAUCGUGAUUAUAAAAGACAGAGGCCUCCCGCCACACGUGCCAUACUUCCAAAGACUCGU